AAAGGCAGGACAAAGGUUGAUGGGCAUUGUUUUCCCGUAAUGAAAAAAAGGAGAAGUGGCAAUAAAACAGAAAAACAUCAUACUAAAGCUGUCUUGUGUGCGCUCUGUAACACAAGUAGCUUUUAUUAAUUAUUUCAAUUAUAUAUGGUUUUGAAUGCAGUGAGUAGGAAAUUCCAGUUUGAUAAAAGUGGUGUUUACAUUGACCACAUACCGGGUUGAUAAUGAAAGGAGCUUUGACUUUAAUAUUGCUGUGUGUGCUUUCUGCAUGGGCACAAAUCCCUGAUGUAACGGAUGUUUCAGUAACUUGUCGAACAGAAAAUGAAUUAACAUUUCAAUGGGAAGUUGAAAACAGCAGUUACAGUUAUACACUGAAGACACAUGGCAAAGAUGAGUUAAAUAUCAGCUCAUCAGAAACUCCAGUAAAGGUACAAGUCACAUCUCUGUCACCUGGGACUAAAUAUAUUUUCACACUCUACACUGUGUUUGGGAAUGCUAUGAGCAAUGGACAUAUCUUCUCUGAAGUAACUGUUCCAUCUGCUGUUGACAGUGUUUCAGUCAUCACACGGAGUGAGACUGAGAUAAAAUUACAGUGGAAUAAAGUCAACAACAGCAAUGAUUACAGUUAUAAUCUGAAAUACAGGAACAAAGAACAUACUUCAAUAUCUGCAUUACCUACUGAUUCUACAGUGGAACAUACUGUCGAGAGUCUGUCUGCUGGGACUGAAUACUUCUUUACGCUCUACACUGUGUUUGAAAAUGUAACGAGCCGUGGAUACAACUUCUCCAAUGUAACCAUGCCAUCUAAUGUUGAAAAUGUGAUGCCGAAGCUCAAUGACACAGACAUGAUCUUACAAUGGAAUGUUGUACCAAACAUAGACAAUAACACUUACAACUAUACUCUUGAAUACAAAGAUGAAAAAAGGGAUUGCAUUAAUUACAUUGCAGAAAGAAAUGAGGUAACAUGUCAUAUAUCAGAUUUGAAUCCUGGAACAAAUUACAGCUUCACUCUGUACACAGAGUUUGCUGAUCUGAGAAGUACUGGAUUCAACUUCUACCAAAUAACCACUCUAUCCGACAUAACUGGAGUUACAGUCAAACGGUCACAGACGAGUUUGAAGAUCUCAUGGUUAAAGUUAAACAACAAUGACAUCUACAACUACACCUUGCAAAGGCUGGGAGAGGAAAGUGAGAAACAUUUCACUGGAUCUGAUACGUUAACAUAUACUUACUCAUCUCUCACACCAGGGACUGAACACAGUUUUAGUCUCUUCACUGAGGUGAACAAUACCAGAAGUAAAGGAUACAGCUUUAAGAACGUCACUAGUCUUGACUGUGCGUCCUUUAACUGGAAAGUUACCAACUCAUCAAUAGAGGCUGCAGUGAAUGGUUGCACUUAUGUGACAGCUCAAAACAGCACCGGAAGUGGUAAAAAUGACACUGUAGAUGGUAACAUGGUGAAUCUGCAAGACCUAUAUCCUGGAGAAAGCUACACUGUUUCACUGUUUUACGACUUAGAGUCAGAGAAGCUGCUACAGUGCUCACACCGCUUGACAUUGGUUCCAAAUAGUGUAUCUCACCUCCGCUGUAAACAUCAUUCUGGAGGGUAUGGUCUGGCUGUAACGUGGGAUUAUCCAAAUGGAGUUGUGAAUAUGGUGCAGGUAGUUGUUGGCAAACAAAGUUUCAACCAAUCAUAUAAUUCAGAAAAACCACAACAGGUAGAGGUAAAAGGCCUGCAAGCUGCCCAGUGGUACACCGUGACAGCAACGUCAUUCUCUGGAGACACGAGGAGUCAAACAGUAUCAAUCAACUGCCAAACAGAUCCAGCAGGUGUUAUAGCAGGUGUUCUUGUGUUUUUCAUCCUGAUCAUCAUUAUUUGUAUUGGUGUCUUUGUAUGGCACCGCUAUGGUUCUGCAAAGCAUAAUAAAAUGCCCAAACCACCUGUGGAGUCAAAAGUGCCUAAUAAAAACAACAAGUAUGUACAGAUUCCCUUGGAUAAAUUUCCUGAAUAUUUUCAAAACAUGAGUCGUGAUGAGAAUAAAGGUUUCAGUGAGGAAUAUGAGGACUUGAGUUCAGUGGGUAAAGAACAGCCCAGUAUGGCAGCUCUUCUGCCUGAAAACAAGGAUAAAAACAGAUUUACCAAUGUUUUAGCCUAUGACUCCUCAAGAGUGCAUCUCAGCACAAAUGAUGAGGGUGAUUCUGAUUAUAUCAAUGCUAACUACAUGCCUGGCUAUGGCAAUGCAAACAGACAGUAUAUCGCUGCUCAAGGUCCGCUGCCAUCCACUGUCAAUGAUUUCUGGAGAAUGGUUUGGGAGAAAAGGUCACAGGUCAUCGUCAUGGUAACCAACUGCACUGAGAGUGGAAGGGUCAAGUGUGAGCAAUACUGGCCACUGGACUUCAUGCCACGUCUCUAUGGACACCUGCUUGUCACAAAAAAAUCGGAGGAUACAUUUCCAAGUUGGACUCUGCGAGAGUUUAAUGUCAAAAAUAAAACCACCUCUGAGACACGAACAGUGAGGCACUUCCACUUCACAGCGUGGCCGGAUCAUGGCGUGCCCACUGGCACAGAGGAGCUGAUCCAAUUCAGAGGACUCAUCCGUCAGCACAUAGAGAGCUCUUUCUCUGCAGGGCCAACAAUUGUACACUGCAGUGCCGGAGUGGGUCGGACAGGUACCCUGAUUGCGCUGGAUGUUCUGCUGCAGCAACUGGAUAAAGAGAAGGAAGUGGGAAUUUCAGCAUUUGUCCAGCAAAUGAGACUCAGCAGGCCACUAAUGGUGCAAACUGAGUCUCAGUAUGUGUUCCUGCACCAGUGCAUCAUGGAUACUCUACAACCCAAAGUUGUGCCUAAGUCAGAGCCUCUCUAUGAAAACACAGACAUGAUUUAUGUCAACGCAAUAGCAUUAAGAGAAUAUGAAAAACAAUGUUAAAUAUGAUCAGAAAUAUAAGCCAUAUCAUAUGGUCCAAUAACCCAUUUUAAUUAAACAGUCUUCUAUAAAUAAAAACAGAAAGCCUGGAUUACACGGGUAUUAUAUAUGUAUUUAACUAGAUAGCUGUAUAUAGGCAUGUUUUUCAUGUUAAUUGUUUUCUUGAUAAGCUGUGCUUUCUGAAAGAAAACUUUCCUUUGAGCUGUACUUAGUGCUGCUUAAUUUGCACAUUGCUUUUUAAUGAUAAUAUUUUUUUUUUUUUUUUUAAAUUGAAAUAAGACACAGCCUGUGUAAUAUCAGGUGAAUUCAAUUUGUUUUAGAUUAAUACAGAAUAAAACUAUUUUUCUAUCUUUUUUUUCUAGUUUGCCAGUGUCAUGUAUUCUCAGUUGUCGUACAGCAUGCUUUAAAGGAAUAGAUCACCUAAAGACGAUAAUUGUGCAAUUAUUUACAUCAGGACUGGGUACCCUGAUUUAAAUAAUUUCAAAUCUGUAUGCAACAUAGAGAAUGAUUUUAUAUCAUACCAUCAGAUAUAUGGUUUCUGUAAUCUGUUGUAAUAAAGAGCUGUGUAAACAUACUUCAAAAGUUGUGAGUUUCCAGUCAAAUAUAUAACCAGUCAAAUUUAAGUAACUUUCACAUUCACCUUUACAUAUUUGGGUAAACAAUGUUGUGUGUUACCUGUUUUGGUAUUUGCUGGUCAUGUAAUUUUUUUGCACUGAAAAUUUUGAAUACAUUACAUAAAGUCCUAACAAGGCAAAACAUGAUAUGUUUCCAGCCACAAGCAAUAUGUAAAUAAUUAACUUAAAAAA